GAUUAAGCAGAAAGUCAGCCAUGUCACUGCUGCCCCAGUCAGAAGCGGAGCACUUUGAUGGCUUAUCCCUGUUGUACUGGACCAUCAUGGGGCCUCACGGGAUCAACCGCGCCGUCCAGAGACUGGACUUCACCGACUGCAGGCGGGGCCUGGGUGUGAAGAUCACAGGUGGAUGCAAGCCGGAGACUGGUGAGGAGUUUGGCAUCUUCAUCAAGAGGGUGCUGCCUGGAGGAGUGGCUGCUCAGGAUGGGCGGUUACGGUCAGGGGACCUCAUUUUGGACGUCAACAACGUAAACUUGUCUGGGGUCACUAAUGAGAGGGCGGUCGAGAUCAUCCGUGCAGCCUCUGCCUCCAACCAUGUGUCUCUGCUCAUCGCCAGGGACGACGAGUCCAGGAAGGAGUUUCGGGUGCUAAUGAAGAAGAAUAGUAGCAGCUGGUUUGGAAGAACGUCUCCUCCAACUCUUUCUGCAGCGAAACUGACAGACACGGCCUCAUCCUCCUCGUCCUCCGCCUCCACCAGUCCUCUGCUGCUCAGCCCUGCUUGCACUGUACCACAGCCACCUCCCCAGGCGUUCAGCGACUGUGUUAUUCAGCUCAUAUGUGUUGCCAAGGGAACAGGCCUGGGCCUCCACAUCAAGGGCGGGACCAACAGGCCGGAGGGGCCAAUGAUCUUCAUCCAGGAAGUCAUGGCAGGGGGAGACUGCCAUAAGGAUGGACGUCUGAAAGCAGGAGACCAGAUCAUCUCCAUCAAUAAAGAGUCCUGCAUUGGAGUCACACAUGAAGAGGCCCAGAACAUCAUCAUACGCUCCAAACUCAGGUCAGAGUUCAAACUGGAGAUUGCAUUCAUCAGACGCCGGUCCUCGUCCAGCUCCAGCGGUAGUGGCCCCCACAGCCCUGUCUUCACGUCACUCGCUGGUGGGGGGGCACCGCCUCGCCCCCCCGCCCCAGAGGCGCUGCACCCUCCCCCACCCGUCUCCACCUACCCUCCACCCCCCGCCUCCCUCCUCCCAAAGGUUGUCCCCGUCACAAGCACAGGCAGCGAGACCCUGCCCACACUCACACUCAGCCAGGUGGGUGACAUGUGUUCAAAGGAUGACAGUGCACCUGUUCCUCCCCCCGUGAGUGUGUGCGGCACAGUGUCCAGCUCUGAGGCUGCCGUCAAUCUGCCCUCACCACCCAAUCAGAACAUGUGUAACCCAAGUCCCGCCUCCAGCCCCAUUCCCAGCAGGCCACUCCCACUAGAGAAACUGGAACAGGCUCUGGAGGUGUUGGGGUUGCGACCCACUGAGGUUCAGAGACAGAAUCUGAGAGAGAAGCUGAGAGCUGCACCAGGCGGAGGCAUCGCACACGGAGAUUUUGAGACCAUCACCCAGGAGCUGUUCAGGGUGCAGGUAGAGCCAUCGGCGGAGACACAGUCGGUUUCUGAUGACCUCACGUCAGAAGCGUCAUCACGUCUACAGGGCUCGACAUCUGACUCUGAUGACCUGGACGAGAUGGAGAGACUGAGGAAAGAGCAUAUAGAGGCCCUCAGAGAGAUCAAGAGGCUGCAGGAUAAACUGUCUGAAUCACAGAAUCAGCAUCGCCAGCUCCUGGAGGAACUGGCCAAAGCCAAACAGGAGGUGAAGGCGGCGGCGGAGGAGAGCCGUGUGCUGCGCGGUCGUGUCCAGGAGGCGGAGGUGGCCCAGAGGGAGGCGCGUGGGAUGGAGAUGGACUACGAGGAGGUCGUCCACCUGCUGGAGGCGGAGAUCGCCGAGAUGAAGACCAAGCGCGUCGACGCUUCUGGAUCAAAGGAUCUGCAGGAGCUGAGGAAGAAAGUGGCGGUGCUGGAGUGUCAGCUGAGGAAAACUGAGGCAGCACGCAAAGGUUUUGAGUCCACAACGCGCAAACUGCUCAUUUACAUGGAGGCUGCCCAGGAGUUCCUGGCGGAGAACCCUGUACCUGUGAGAAACUACAGCAGUCCAGGGGGUGAGGGUUCUAAGCUGGGUUCCUCGUCCCCUGUUCUCGGCGGCGCCCGUGGCGGGAAGAAGCCGAUGUGGACGGCCGCCAUGCUCGCCAACGAGGCUCGCGAGGUCACACGCUCCGUCAAGGCCAUCCUGGAGGUGGACUGCUUGCCUAAUGGGUGGGAGGAGGCCUAUGCAGCUGACGGAGUAAAGUACUACAUCAAUGUUCUGACCCAGGCCACGUCGUGGUCACACCCGGCGGCCAUCGCUCUUGGACUGUGUGAGCCGGACGAGGCCCCGACGGCCAGCACUCACACACACACUCUCACACAUGCGCGCACACACAGCCCUCUUUAACCUGCCUCGUCAAAUGUG